UAGUAAAGUGUAAUAAUUAAAUUAAAUAUGUCUGUGUUUAAUUUGUUGGUCAUGAUAUAAUCCUGCACUAAAAAUUAUUCCAAUAAUAUUUAUAAGCCUACCUGAUCUUUAAAAUGAACAGUAAAUACCAACAGAAAAAGAGAACAAAAAAGCCAAAACACCCUAACUUCCUAAAAUGUAACUACUCAAGAGCAUCACUAGAGAAUAUUAACAUAUUAGAUGAUUCGUUACAUCAUUCGCGGCGAUGCGCUCUUGUAGCUAAAGAUUCCGAAUGGAUAGACAUUAUAGGAACACCUUCAAAUAACACAAACUUAACAAAUUAUUGUAACACUCCUUCAGGAGAAAAAAUUGCACAACCGGAAAACGAAUCUCAAAUUCAGCCAUUAACUCUUAUGUUUCCGAACUUAUUACAAGAACCGGCGGGAACCUUGGAAGCUAUUGCUAACAAAACUCUAUCCACGACAGAAGUUACCAAACAUCUUAUUGGCCACAAAGCACACUUUGAAUUUCUGAAAAAAGUAAACCGCUUGAUACCACCAGAAAAGGAAUGGUUAGCACAAUUAUCCGAAUGCAGUAACUCUACCGAUUCCAGUGACUUCUCGGUCAACGACAAAUGCCUAUCCUCUGCAGGUAAACCUAUGGAUGUCGAAUUGCACUCGAAAUAUUCAUUAAUAAGUAAAAGUAGCAAAAAUCUAAGUAAAUAAAUUUAUUUGAUUGAAUAUUUUGCAUACAACUUUUAGAAAAUCAAAUAUAAUUCUAGUCAUGCG